GUGACAGAAGCCAAGUGAUUAAUCCCCGAUUAUUAUUGUCAUUGAUAUAUUUAUCAACAGAAUAGUAUUAUUGCAUUGUUAAGUAAAAUAAGUGUAAAAUGUCUAGUUUAUUGGAAAACCUUAAUAUUCCGACGUGUAUUUGGUUCGAAGGAGGAGAUAAACGAAAUGCUUUAGCUUCGAUAUUCGCUGGUUUCUUGUUUUUCACAGGAUGGUGGAUUUUAAUUGAUGCUGCAAGUGUGCAUUCUGGCUCUGUACUUGCUGGAUAUCACAUGUGCGGUGUCUUUGGAACACUGUCUUUGAUUAUGGUAAAUUCAGUUUCCAAUGCCCAGAUUCGUGGUGAUGCUUUUGAAGGUGGUUGCAUGGGACCCAGGGGUUCCAGAAUUUGGCUGUUCCUAGGUUUUGUCAUGGGUUUUGCUUCUGUCAUUGCCUCCUGCUGGAUUUUAUUUGCUGACUUUGUUGCAAUUGAACACACUGUCCAAUGGCCAGGUGUAGCCUUGUUCAUACAAAAUGCCUUUAUAUUCAUAUCAUCAUUGAUCUACAAGUUUGGAAGGUCUGAAGACUUAUGGGGAUAAUAGUUGAAUCUCUUCAAUUCACACAUUAAUUAUUCUUUCUCAUUGUGUACAAAAGAAAAAUGUAAUAGUUUAGGUACAAGCCCAGUACACUUUCCACUAACUUAUGAGAUUUGCAA